AUGUCUUCCCGCUUCUUCCACGGCGGUGACAGCGACAGCGACUCCAGUUCCGAGGAGGAAGAUCUCUACGAACAACCCGUAGACGACUCUGCAGAUUCCGAUGAAGAUGAAGACGAUUCCGACGAAGAAGAGGAUGACGAUGACGACUCGUCUUCUGACGACGAUGAAGGCAAAGGCGCCUCGCGCUUCUUGCGUGGCGAUAGCGAUAGUGACGACAGCGACGAUGAGGACCGGGAGCGUGUCGUAAAGAGUGCGAAGGACAAGCGGUUGGAUGAACUUGAGGGCACAAUUAAGUUGAUUGACAAUGCUGAGAAGAUCGGAGACUGGGCGGUCAUCAACUCUGAAUUCGACAAGUUGAACCGUCAGGUCGUCAAAACCACACAGUCCGGCUCAACACCGCGAAUCUACAUCAAAAAGGUCGCCGACUUGGAGGAUCUCGUCAAGGAGACCAAUGAGAAACAGAAGUCUGCCAACAAAAAGAUGAACGCAACAUCGACGAAGGGCUUCAAUGCAAUGAAGCAGAAGAUCCGCAAGAACAACGCCUCAUACACCACAGAGAUUCAGAAAUACCUCGAGGACAAGGAUGGCUACAUGAUGGAGUCGGACGAUGACGAAGUCGUGGAUAUCGCACCCAAGGAAAAGAAGAGCAAGGUUCAGAGACUGGACGCUAUCGAGGCCGCGAUUGACGAGGAAGGAUGGGGCACUGUUGGUCGUGGUGGCAAGGCCCUGGUCUACACGCCCGAGAGCAUUCUCAAGCACCUACGGACGAUUGUUGAAUCACGAGGCAAGAAGAACACCGACAAGAACGAGCAGAUUCGGAUAAUGGAGAAGUUGCUCGAGGUGGCCAACACACCAUACCAGAAAAUCAGAGUCCUACUGACAGUCAUCUCAACACGGUUUGACGUCGUCGGCACUUCAACACAGAACUACAUGUCAAAGGAGUCAUGGCAGGCCGCAGAGAAGGAGUACUCGACCCUGCUCCAGACCCUGGAGGAGAACCCGGCAUGGAUCGUGGUUGAGGGCGCCGAGGAGUGGGAAGAUGACGAAAAGGCACCGACACUUCCAACUGCUAAUGGCGAGACGACCUUCAAGAUUCCGGGCAGCGUCGUCUCCUUGAUGGAGCGACUCGGUGACGAACUUACACGAUCCCUCCAACAAACAGACCCCCACACAGCCGACUACAUCGAGCGCCUAAGCGACGAGCAACUUCUCUACAACGAUAUCCUCCGCUCUCUAGUCUACGCGGAACGCAUCGUCCAACUCCCCGGCGGCGAAGCUCGCCAAGAACUCAUCAACCGCAUCACCGUCCGCCGCCUCGAACACAUCUACUUCAAGCCCGUCUCCGUCGUCAAGAUCCUUGAAGAGAAAGCCUGGGCCGCCCUGCCCUCCAACCUCAACACCCGCCUCACCCCGCGCGACGCAUACCCCGAACGCAGCGAGGGCAUCAUCCGCGCCCGCGCCAUGCUCUGCGAGAUCUACUUCCUCGCCCUGCAAGACAACUACUACCGCGCCCGCGACCUCGCCCUCAUGUCCCAUCUGACCGAAAACAUCUCCUCCUUCGACGUCUCCACCCAGAUCCUCUUCAACCGCACCCUCGUCCAAAUCGGCCUCUGCGCGUUCCGCGCCGGCCUCUGCUACGAAGCCCAAGGCGUCCUCCAGGAAAUCUGCGGUUCAGGCCGCCAAAAGGAGCUUCUGGCUCAAGGCCUCAUCUUGCAACGCUACAACACCGUCUCCCCCGAACAAGAACGCCUGGAACGCCAACGCCAACUACCCUUCCACAUGCACAUCAACCUCGAGCUCCUCGAAUGCGUCUACCUAACCUGCAGCAUGCUGCUCGAAAUCCCCCUCCUCGCACAGACUGGCUCCAGCCCCGACGUGCGGAAACGCAUCAUCUCCAAGACGUUCCGCCGCAUGCUGGAGUACACGGAGAAACAAGUCUUCCAGGGCCCGCCCGAGAAUACGCGUGAUCAUGUCAUGCAAGCCGCCAAAGCGCUGGCCAACGGCGACUGGAAGAAAUGUCAAGACCUCAUCAGCAAAAUCGCGAUUUGGGAUCUGUUGGGGAGCGAUAAGGAGAAGAUCAGUAAGAUGCUUGCGAGCCAGAUUCAAGAAGAGGGGCUCCGGACAUAUCUCUUCACAUACGCACCAUACUACGACACGUUAUCCCUCACGACCCUCUCAGGGAUGUUCGAGCUAGAUACGAAAGAGAUCUCCGCUAUUGUCAGCAAGAUGAUCUCCCACGAAGAGCUCGCGGCGGCGUUGGAUCAGGUCAAUGACGCGAUCGUGUUCCGGAAGGGUGUCGACUUGAGUCGUCUGCAGAGCCAGGUUGUCACGCUGUCGGAUAGGAGUAUGAGCCUGCUUGAAGGGAAUGAGAAGAUACUGGAGACGAGGACGGCGGGGAUGACGAAUGCGUUCCAGCGAGACCAAGGCACGAGAGGAAGAGGUCGUGGCCGGGGAGGUCUCGGCAGAGGUGGUGGUCUCGGGCGAGGUGGUCGUGAAGGCGGUGGUGGUGGAAGGCCGCAGGGCGGUCAGCAGUUCAGUGGUGGUGCGUUGGGUGGUGCGAUUAAGGGCUGA